AUGUAUGACAACAAAGAGGCUGCCGAGGCUUUCCUAGAUGAACACUUCGGCAAACACGACCCGCAACCGUGGACGGAACCUGUGAUACGAUCUACAGGAGAUGUAAUAGACAACAAUAAGUGGGAUAGCAUACUGGCGAAGAAAUCCAAACCAUCAGCCCCGGGAGAGGAUCGCAUUUCGUAUGAAAUGUUAAGGAAACUAAACCCGCAAGUUGUCGAAAAUCUGUUGAUGGACCUAAACAGAAUGUGGAGGAGAGGAUUCCCGGAAGAUGCGCUGCGAUCUAUUCGGAUUGUGGCGAUUCCGAAACCCGGUCGAGACCAAACAACCCCAUCAGGAAAGCGCCCAAUCAGUCUAGUACCCACGAUAACAAAGGUAGUGAAUACAGCAGUCUUAGAGCGACUCCAAACAGUCAUUGAUGAGAGGAACAUUCUACCACCAACAUCCUUCGGUUUCAGGAAAGGACUCUCUACAAACACAUGCUUAGAAUUUAUUGUCAACGAAGUAAAAAACUUAAAGCGGCAGAAAAUGAAGGUUGCGUUGAUCUGCGUCGAUCUGAGCAACGCUUUCAACGCGGUCAAGCCUGACAUCCUCAACGACACCUUGGUAGAACUGAGAAUUCCAGAUGAAAUAAUUUUGUGGAUAGCUGGUUUUCUACAAAACCGAAGGUUGAGUCUUCAAAUUCGUGGAGCGACCAUUACAAGGACAAUCAACAGUGGACUACCCCAAGGCGACAUUCUGUCCCCAACGCUAUUCAAUCUCUAUACGCGGAAGCUACACGACAUUGGAGUUGGCGACGACGUCAUACUGGUCCAGUAUGCCGACGAUUUCGGCAUCCUGGUAAAAGGUAAAUCGUUAGAGCAACUGAAUCUCACAGCACAGAACUACAUGGACAAGUUCAUCGAGGCUGCAGAAAAUCUGAACUUUAGGAUAAACGCAGAGAAGACAAAAGGAUUACUCUUCCAUAACAGUGACAACAAACUGACGGUGAAAAUCAAUGGAACGCAAGUAGAAACAGUAAGAGUACAUCGGCAUCUCGGAGUCCAGAUCGACAGUUUCUUAAGCUUUGGAGCCAACACCAGAGAGGUAGCAAGAAAGGUGACAGACCGUCUCAACAUGCUGAAGGUUAUAAGUGGGAUUAAAACGGGAUCGCAUCCUCAAACCAUGGCUAACAUCUAUAAAGCUCUAAUAAGAAGUGUUCUAGAGUAUGGAUGCACAGUGCAGAACAACGCCAGUGCCACGAAUAAAAGGAAGUUAGAAGUAGCGAAUAACCAGUGUUUAAGAAAAGUGACUGGUUGCACGAAAAGCACGCCGCUCAACGCUCUAACCGCAUUAGCUGGGCAAUAUCCAUUGCAUCUCAGGCAAGAACACGUCGCCAACAAACAAAUCGCCCGAUCUUUUAGCAGAAACAACGUGGUGGCCACUCAGCUUCGAGAAUUAGAGAUACCGGAUGAUUUGAAUUUGGAGAAAUACAGCUACCUGGAGAAAAUGUACAUCAGGAACAAAAACAUCUUCGACGAUAUCAUGCCAGUUGUGAAACUGCAUGCAACAACUGUGGAAGUUCAUCCUUAUUUGGAAGGAUUGGACACAGCUAAAAAAGAGACGAAUCCGUUCAAAAUGAAACAGUUAGUGCUUUUUACGAUGAACAACAAAUAUCGAGGUAGAAGGAGAAUUUUCACGGAUGCGUCCAAAGAAGGAGAAAGAUGCGGAGUUGGAAUAUACUUAGAAAGCUGUAAAAGAAGACACUACUAUAGACUGGAACAGGAAUCGAGCAUCACGGCGGCGGAAAUGACGGCGAUCAAAGUGGCUAUUUCCUUCGUCGAGCAGAUGGAGUUACACAACUGCGUGAUAUACACAGACUCAAAAUCAGCGUGCAUGAUUCUGGAGGAUUCGAUGGACGAGAAGGCCGGCUCAACAAUCGUUGCGGAGAUACUGAGGAUAGCUCAUCGUUUCGGAACAGCAAUCCAGUGGAUCCCGAGCCACGUGGAGGUUGAAGGCAACGAGAUAGCGGAUAAGCUGGCAAAACUGGGACUGUCCGACAUAGCACCAACCUACGGUAAUAGAUUAUGCUUGAAUGAUGCGCUGCAUCGAUUCAAAAUACAAACCCAGGACAACGCCAACCGAUGGUAUCAGGACUACUCCAUGGAAAAGGGUAAACGCUUCAGCGAGAUUUUUCCUGUAUUUUCGACCGAGCCGUGGUACUACAAAGUCCAGAUGGAAGGUCGAGAUGUCCGCCUGACAAACCGUCUGAUGACUGGCCACGACUUUUCAAAGUACUGGCUGGCAAAGAUGAAGAUAGCAGAAGACGAGGACUGCGAUAUGUGCGAAGUUCCCGAGACGUCAGAGCACAUCAUUGUUCACUGUCCGAAGCACGGUUUCCUACGAUUAAAGUUUCAAUUUGAGCAAAAAUAUCUGAGCCUUACUGACCUGUACAAAUCGAAAUGCAUUGAGACAUACCAAGAAGUAACUGAAUUUGUAAAACAAGCUAAGUUAAAACUGUAA